GGCAGUGUGAAGAUCCUGGUCAGGUGUGACAAAGCAACUGACAACAUCACUCUCCACGUGGCCGAGCUCACGGUCAACACAACUUCCAUUAGAGUCAGCCCGGCGACUCCCUCUGCUUCUGAAGAUCCCAAGUAUGUUUCCUCUGAUGUUGACACAGAAAGGCAGUUCUUUAUUGUCAAACUAGACAAGAACAUGGAG